GACACUCGAAUGUUGACAAUUGACACCUGAAUUAUAAAAAAUAUUGAUUCAAUUUUGUUUGUGAUUUACGUAAAAGUUAAAAAUUUACUAAAUGUUAUUUGCGUGACGAAUGCUUUACCGUAAGAAUAAGUUUAAUAUUUGAUAUGGAAAGUUUGGAAAUAAGGCAAAUUUAUAUAUAACUUGAAAUCACACUGUUUGUUUCUUUGGCGAUUGUUCUGGAUAUCUUCAUACGUACUAAGAAGAUACCUCUUUUUUAAGUGCUUAAAAAUGGAUAAUACUACGAUACCCCUGCAUUUAGACCCUGUCAAGCCAAUGGAUUUGUGUGACAAGCGGCUCUGGAUUGGCAAUCUGGACACCAGAGUUAAUGAGUAUCAACUACUGAAAAUGGUCCGGGUGUACGGCAACAUCGAGAAGUUCGACAUGCUGUUCCACCGGAGCGGGCCCAACGCGGGGCAGCCGCGCGGCUUCGCGUUUGUCACGUACAAGAUGCGACAGGAUGCUGUGCAAGCAAUGAACUCAUUGAACGGACAGCUGUUGGGUAACAAGCGAAUGUGUGUGAAGUUCGCUAAAAAUGCAGCGGAGGAUCAAGAUAAGCCAAAACCAGAACUCGGAAUAGCAGCAUUAACAGCAGCAAAGCCAGAGUUAAAGCUGAGCAAGAAGACAGCGAUACAGUCAAUAGAAGCUAAACUGAAAAUGAUGGAGAAUAUGAAAGCGGGCGAUGAUUUCGUAAUUAAUAAAUUAGCGGCACACGAAGCACCAAUCAUUACUCAAUAUCAAUCGAAACAACAUCAACCAAAUAAAACCAUAACAUCAUUUAAACGAAGACAUCCUUACCAUAAAAAGAGAUAAUUGAUUAUUUAUUUUCAUGUAUUUAUACAUUUUAAAGCUAUUUGGACAUGGCCAAUUUUACGCCAUUAAUAAUAUUUUGAAUUUAUUCUACAAAUAGCAAUUUGAAAUCAUAUGAAAAUUGUACAAUGUGAAUUUGGUAGGAUUAAUUUAUAGAAGUUCUUAUGUAAAAUACUAAACAGUUCUUUUUUAGGAUUAGUUUGAGUAAGUUCAAUGUUGUGUCGUGUUUUAAGUAUAACAAGCCUUGUGUUCAUUAGAAUUGUAAUCUCAAUAAGAUACUUUCUGUAUGUGAAGUUACCAUUAUUUAUAUAUUUUCAAAUACUUGUUCAUGUUUUUGUAUUCAUCUUCACCAUCAUCAUCAUCAGCAGCCAAUAUAUGUUCCCACUGCUGGGACACAGGCUUCCUUAAGGGUUCAGGUCAUAAUCCACCACUCUGGAUUGGCAGCUAUUAAAAUAAAAUAAUGAGCACCACAUGGCAAUUAUUUAAAAAAAUGUGGAUAACAAAUAUUUUUGUAAACCUCAAUUUUAUCCCCACUUGAGGAAGAAAUCGGGUCUAAUUUUUUUCUUUAUACAAUGGCGAUAUGCUGCGCCACUCUCACAAUAUAGACAAAUCAAAUAAUAUAGAUACCAUCCGUUUAACUAUUUGCAUUACCAAGCAUGCUAAAUAAACAUACAUGGAACCAUACAAUCAAACAUAAUCCGACUUUUUGCGCUGUCGGGCAAUAAAUAAUACGAUCAAUUAUUGUUUUUAAAAAACAAUGUUUGACUGAUUUCAAAAUUUAGUUUUCAAAUUUCACUUCUGAAACUCGAUAGUUAGCUCUUCAAAUAUUUAUUGUAUUUUUACAUCAAUAGCAACUGACCACUCUAAAUAAUCAUUAUUUGGUGUAUCUAAUUACUUUGGCACAAAUAUUAUUUU